AGUAAACGUCAUCAGAGCGCGACGCAGCGUGCAGUGCUGUGAAGGACGUCGACGACGAGAAGCCUGAGAUGAAAUAGGCCAAAUAUAAAGCUGUCAGGAGGUUGUUGUUAUGAUGGCGGUGUCGUGUCUAACCCGAGCCCUGCGCUCCCUGACCCUCUCCCAGCCCGCACUGCUCUCCUCACAGGCAGUUGCACAGACCAGGCUGGUAACUCAGGUGCCGAGAGUAGUGAGUUUACAGUGCAGAGGCUUCCUCACCACAGCCUCUCUGGAGCAGAACAAGACGCUGUGGAAGCAGAGGGAGAAAUACACUAUCAGGCCUAUAGGCAUGAAAAAGACAGGAGGCAGAGAUCACACAGGAAAGAUCCGGACACAUGGCAUCGGAGGUGGCCACAAACAAAAAUACAGGUGGAUCGACUUUCAGCGACUGCGUUACGAAGAGAACAAAGAGGACCAGCCCUUUGAGGAGAGGGUCGUGGAAGUGCGAUACGACCCGUGCAGAUCUGCUGACAUUGCCCUGGUAGCUGGAGGCACCCGGAAAAGAUGGAUUAUUGCUACAGAGAACAUGCAGGCUGGAGACGUGAUUAAAACAUCUGGAGUUAUUGGACGCAUGGCAGUCUUAGCCAAUGAGGGUGAUGCCCACCCACUGGGAGCCCUACCUGUGGGGACACUGGUGAACAACCUGGAGUUAGAACCAGGGAAGGGAGCCCAGCGUAUUCGUGCUGCAGGCACAAGCGGCAUUUUGCUCCGUAAAGUCAACGGAACAGCGAUCGUCCAGCUUCCUUCUAGGCAGCAGGUUCAGGUAGAUGAGACCUGCAUUGCGACAGUGGGACGGGUGUCCAACAUCGACCACAAUCAACGGAUCAUCGGUAAAGCCGGUCGCAACCGCUGGCUCGGCAAGCGCCCGUCGAGCGGCAAGUGGCAGAGGAAGGGAGGCUGGGCAGGUCGCAAGAUUAAACCGCUGCCUCCCAUGAAGGUCUACGUCAACCUGCCUUCAAUCUCUAAAAGCUAAAUAACACGCUGGACAUGUUGGAAACUGGAGAUUGUUGUCUCUUGUAUUAUUAUGUUGGUCGUUAUGAUGAAAUCAAGUCAAUUGUUCGGAAAAGAAUGAAUAAAGACGAGCUGUUUGUACAGAAGAUUAAAAAUUUUAUUAAACACAA